GGGUUAACUGAAAGAGAGUACAAGCUUGCAAGGUCACAUGUUCGAUUGUCGCUUGGCACAUGGUUGCGUGAUUGUAUAGUUAUACAAGACUCUUGAACUUGUAACAUAAAAGUAUUCCACGAUUUAUAUUACAAAAGAAUGAGCCUAUGGAAAGCAGGAAUCGGAUGGUAGGUUACUAGCUGGUGGUACAGGAAUAUAUACUUUUAUCUUGUCCAGGAAAUACAUAAAUGCGAGAAGAGCUGAGAUCAUGAAAAAGAAGCAACUUAUAUAUCCGGAAGAUCUUCUAAAAUAAAAUAUCUGUUUGAAGUUUAAUAAUUAUAAAAUAAUAAUUCAAAAAUGGCUGAUAUUCCUCAACUUGAUAAGGAUCAGCUAAAAUUGGUGCAAGAUUUAGAAAUAGAGAUGAUGUCCGAUAUGUACAAUCGUAUGACAUCAGCAUGCCAUCGAAAAUGUAUUCCACCAAAAUACAUUGAGGCAGAAUUGACAAAAGGAGAAUCUAUAUGUCUUGAUCGAUGCAUUGCUAAGUAUCUAGAUGUCCAUGAACGUAUUGGGAAAAAGCUCACUCAGAUUUCUAUGCAAGAAGACAGUUUAUUAAAAGGGAAAGUUGCAGAGUAAAAAAAAUAAAUGAAAUAAAAUAACAUCAUA